AUGGACGACGACGACGAAGAUGGAGGCCUCUUUAACAUCGAAGUCAGCUCAGCAGAUGGGUCCGCCAACGAGAGCGUCAAGGUGCCACGAGAUUUCCAGUCCGAGGAAGACUUUCAACGGCAGAGAGCAGGUUGGAGGCCGAAGAUUGAAACCGGAGAGCUGUGGAAAACACUCCAAAUCCCUAUUGACCAUCCGUCAAAGCCUGAGUCACAGACGAUAUUGCAUGCCAUCGAGGAGCUGUACUUCUUUCAGAGGUAUGAGGAGGCCGGGGAGGUCAUUGCUAGAGUUUUGAAGGGGAAGUUGGAUGCAGGAUUUAGGAAAGUAGUGGUGGGUUAUGAGCAGAGGUGUAAAGCUAGGAUCUCGAAAACAGCAAAGGAUCAAUGUUAA